AACAUGAGUGGAAGAGGCAAAGGAGGAAAGGGACUCGGUAAAGGAGGCGCCAAGCGUCACCGUAAAGUUCUCCGUGAUAACAUCCAGGGAAUCACUAAGCCCGCCAUCCGCCGUCUGGCUCGCCGUGGCGGAGUCAAGCGUAUCUCCGGUCUCAUCUACGAGGAGACCCGCGGUGUGCUCAAGGUCUUCCUGGAGAACGUCAUCCGUGACGCCGUCACCUACACCGAGCACGCAAAGAGGAAGACCGUGACCGCCAUGGACGUGGUGUAUGCUCUCAAGAGACAGGGCCGCACUCUGUACGGCUUCGGCGGUUAAACUCUCCAACCACCAACAUCUA